AUGGCGGCUGCCAGUCCAAAUAACGCUAUUCGAAGGAAGCUAGUGAUCAUUGGUGACGGAGCCUGCGGGAAGACAAGUCUUCUAAGCGUCUUCACCCUAGGUUACUUCCCUACGAACUAUAUACCGACCGUAUUCGAAAACUACGUGACCGAUUGCAGAGUCGACGGCAAAUCCGUCCAGCUAGCGCUAUGGGAUACCGCAGGACAGGAAGACUACGAGCGAUUGAGGCCACUAGCGUAUUCGAAAGCCCACGUCAUCUUAAUAGGAUUCUCUAUCGAAACCCCUGACUCGCUGGAUAAUGUUAAGCACAAGUGGGUGGAAGAAGCUACCAGGCUCUGCCCUGGUGUACCUAUUAUCCUCGUUGGGUUGAAGAAGGAUUUGCGGGAAGAUCCCGUCGCCAUCGAAGAACAACGGAAGAAGUCUCUAAGAUUCGUCUCCCCACAAGAAGGAGACCAGGCUGCCCGGGAAAUCGGUGCUCGCAGGUAUCUAGAGUGCUCUAGUUUGAGUGGUGAGGGCGUUGAUGACGUCUUUGAGGCUGCUACCCGAGCAGCGCUUCUGACGUUCGAAAGGGGAGAGGGUGGUGGCUGCUGCGUUGUGUUCCGCUCGCUAGGCCCGAGCACCCAGGCGGAAGAUAUGAACCAGUGCACUAGGUUUCACCCUGCUGCGCCAACUCACGUAUAUGAUCCUUCGUCGAAUCGUCUUCGUCUGUCGAACCCACAGAUCUUCCUCCCCGGCUUCUACGCAACUCCCUACGCCUGA